GCAUAGAAAUUAUCAACGUCUUUUUUUUAUGAUUUUAAGGGCAUUCCACAGACAUGAUAAUAAUGAAUAAUCGUUCCAAAUGUUAAAUUGACCGUCAUUUGGUAACCCAUCGACUAGGAUCCGGGCUAACUCGGCGAUGAUAUUGCGUAACAUUUACAGUGGAGUAGCCGCUGCAGCUGUUGCGUAAUCUGACUUCGGCUCUUACAAAAACAUUGUUGUUACACAAGUGCAGUCUUGACUGAUGCAUCUAUACCCUGCCCAGGCCCAGUACGUGAUACUGAGUGAUACCGAUACAUAACAAAGUCACUGUUCUCGCGAAGCUAUCAACUGCUAGGAAGCACAUUCUCUUUUGGAAGGAAAGCCUAUGUCAACAUUUUAAGAUUGAAGACAUAAUCAUGGCCAGCUGUAGGAUUGCAAGAAGAGCUGGCGUACAUCGAGGUCUGUCAUCAAUUCAUCCCAUCCUCAGUAGAGCAUUUGCAACUGCUCCAGGAGAGACAGGAGCAUGUCAUCAUACCACUCUGGCUCAGAACAGAAUGAUCAAUCCAAGAUACCUCAUGAGGAAGAAUGGUGCUCAUCAUGGUACCCAAGUCAAGAAAAGUUCUGUUGAGCACUCUCCUCCACUUGUGGGCCAGAGAGAGUUCCACACCUCAUCUGUUCUGGGGCUACUAGAAGACAUUCAAUCCUGCUCGGAUCAUACUAACCUACUUAUGUUGAUUGGUCAGAAUCGGGCAAAGUUAAAUGAGGACCAUGUCAGUCAUGCAUUGGUCCAGCUCUGGGAAGUCAUGAAAUUCACUCCCAAUAGGACCUACGUUCUUGAGACCGAAGUACAUCCAAGUAGGGAUUUCUUGAGUUUGUGUAUCCUGGCAGAAAACAAGGUUCACCUGAUAAAAGAAGAAGUCCUUGCAGAUGUUUUCUAUGCUGCAAUCAAGUUGCUGGAUCAAGAUCUAACCCACAGCUUAAUCAGAGAAUUGAGAAAUAGAUGCUUAAACUGUUUGGAAGGGAUGUCUUGCAAGCAAUUGUCCAAAGUAGCAGUAUGUCUCAGUGAUUUGAAUGAAGGGAGGAUGUCAUCAUGUGGGGCAGUGACUCAUGCCUUCGGACAAAAGUUAGACACUAUAGAAGAUAUCAGAGAGCUUUCUGCAUGGAUGAGAGAGUGUCUACCACUGGCAUCUCCGUCUCUCUGCUCUCGCUCAUUUGCCAAGGCUCUAGAGUUUGUUAGUGGGUUGGACGCAGAUUCACUUGGGAAAAAUGACUUGAGACGGAUUUUGCAGACAGCAGCCAAGGUCAGGGGAUCUCCACCAGCGCUGGUAGACAAAUGUGCAAAGCUAUUCUUAGAGAAGAUGGAGAAGGAUGAGAUCAGUGUGAAAAAUGUAUGCACUAUGUAUCAACAACUCAAGGGAGGACUCAAUUACAGUGGAGAGAACAUUCAAUCAAGAGUAUCAGCUUACCUCAGAAGGAAGUUGCCUGAAAUUCAUGACGGUGUUGAGGCUACUUUAGUCAUCAAUAUUCUUGCGGACAAAGCUACAGCAGAUACAAAGUUUCAGCUUGAGGACAAGGCAGUAAAGCUUAUAGACAAGGUACCCAUGCACUACUUGCCCCAAAUGUGUCAUGGGCUUAGGAUGAUGAGCUAUACUGCCAUGACACCUUUAACCAAGAAGAUCGCUAGAAAGCUUCAAGCAAGCGGUUGCCAAGACUUGCCAACAGAUGGAAUCGCAAAGAUUGUAGAGUUUCUUGUCAGAGUUGAAGGCGUUGAUGAAACAUUGUACAAGAAAAUUUAUGGAGAUCUGAUUCACAUGCUGAAAGAUGCCAUAGCUCCUGGACGCGUUGUACACAUCAUCUAUUGUCUCUCACUUCUUCCUCUGUCCUCAGUCAACAAUCUUGUAUUCAGUCAAGCAUCGGCCUUCCUCCCUCAACUCCACACUCCGGGUAUCAACCAGCUCCUUAGCUCAAUCGUACGUAUUUCAAGGAGACUGGAGAGACAGGGCCCACUGCCCAACUCUUGUACCAGUCUCAUACAACAGUUGCAGGAACGAGCCAUCAACUCCAUCAAUCAGAUCACCAGUGUCUGGUACCUGAACAACAUCAUCGAUUUUCUUCUGGAAGAAGGUAAUCAGUCCUUUCUUGUCGGAGUAGCCAUGCAGUGCUAUUCUCAUGUCCUCUCUAAGUUGACACCACAGUUAGCUGUUGAUUGUGCCAGGCAUAUCUUCAGAAGCAGAUACCUUCAACCCGACCUCCUGGAUGAAAUUGCUCAGAUUGUCACUCAGAACACCAACAAGAUCACUCCGCUUCAAGUGGCUUACAUCCUCAGUCCGUUCAGUUCUCUCAACUACAAGCCUAAGAGUACUUCUGAUCUAUUCGAUGCCUGUAUUAGUCGUAUGGAGCCUUUCCUGGACAGCCUUCCUGCAGGAUAUAUGGUAGAUGUUGCCAAUUUGUGUGCCUUGAGCCAGAGAUACCCAGAGCGGAUCUUGAAGAAAAUCUUCAGUCUGGACUUUCUUACCAGACUUGAUGAAGAACUAGAAACCAUACCAGAGAGAAGUAUGAUGUAUCGCAGGAAACUGAUGCACCUGAAUCGAUCUCUAGCUUUAGAUCGUCCUGAGAUGCAAGUUCCUUGGUUUCACGAAGACUUCUGCAGGGACAUCCUCAAGAGCCGCAAAGUUCUUGUGCACUCGUCACUGAGAGAGAUCCAGAGUGCUCUAGCUGAAGUUCUUGGUGGUCCACAGUUCUUACGCUCUUUUGUUGUCACUCCAUACCACUAUGAUAUAUCUUUUGAAUGUGUGGUUGAUGACGAAGGGAGCCCUCUACCAUGUGCAGACUAUGGCAGCGUGUUGAAUCAACUCAAAGGUGUGGCUGGUGGUGUGUUAGCUGAUCUCAUGCAGUGGGGUACUCGGACUAAACACAUGCCUGAUGGAGCUCAAAGGGUGGCUAUUGACUAUCUGUUCAGUAAUUCAUACUGCACCAACUCUCGUCAUGCUCUCGGUAUGAUAGCUAUGAAGAAGCGCCAUCUUGAGCUCAUGGGGUACAAGUAUGUGCAGAUCCCGUACUUUGAGUGGCAUUCUGCUGAACUAGCCGAGCCUGAAGACAAGCUCCAGUACCUGCAUGAGCUACUCUCUCAGUCUGUCGACUCCUUACCUGGUGAAUCGACCACACCCGCGACCACACCCGCGACCACGCCCGGUGGUGGUAGGCUGUUCCCUAGUCGGUGGGAUCCUCAGAGUGACAUGACUCUCAAUGGACUGAGUGGUAUGCAGAAUGCGGACUUUGUAGAGGACCCUCUGGUCAUGAAGGUCUUACAUACGUUUGAUCGUAUGGGAAGCAGAAGAACUUAAGUCCUGCUCAUGUUACAUCAUACAGUUGCAUCAGAAGUAGAGAGACUUUGAGACUCAAAGUGGAGCUUGUAUAGUUCUCAAUGGACCGAGUGGUGUGCAGAAUGCGGACUUUGUAGAGGACCCUCUGGUCAUGAAGGUCUUACAUAAAUUUGAUGACAUCAGAGGCAGAAAGAUUUAAGUUCUUUUGUAUUUUGAGUGUAUGGGAGGCAAAAGGUCUGAAGGUCCUACACCCAUAUGUUUUAUUUUAAGGAAUGAGUAUGGACUUUGAUACAGGUGUCAUAGUGGCUGCAUUGACCCUUUCUUGCCUAAUUUUGUUACCGGUAUAUCCUCAUUCUUUUUUUUUACACCAUUUUCUCUAACGCUCUAACUGAUCUCGGCAUUCAUUUUCAUGAGUUUUCUCAAGAUUUGUUGUCCAACACUUGCAAAUGAUACCUGUGCACCCCCCCUCCCCCACCCCACAAAGCACACAUAUGACAUUCAAUGAUUUUUUUUUUUUUUUUUUUUUGUUGUGUAGAUUUUGAAAAUGCAACUCUUUAUUACUUGGCUUAAUACAGGGUUGCAUUGCUGUCUUUACCAACAUUGUCCAGCAAAUGAAAAGAAUAAAGAAAUGUAUGUCAUAUACCUUAAAGCUUCAUCUUUACAUCAAAAUUAUUAGCAGAUUAUAAUAAAGGAGUGAAACUUAGAUGAUGAUGAAUAUAAGAACAUUUUUGCUGAAAUCAGACUUCACUGUGAAAAGUGUGAAUCAUUAACAGUUUUCCAAACUUUAGUGAAGAAGGCCGUUUGUUUAAAAAAAGAAAUUGUAUAAUGCAUAUUGUAUUUAGAAAAUUUGAAAACUUAAUUGGAAUGCAUAGAAAUUCAAUCUGGAUUUCUUAAAUAUCCGUUUCUUAAAAGGCCAGUAAGAGAACUGGAUUCAAUACUGCUAUUACAAGAUUGAAAUGUUGAUGAUUCCUUUUGGGUAUCUUGUCAAAGUUGAGGGCAUACCUUGGGCAAUCAACUCUGAAAAAGAGCUUGCUCAGAAAGCUAUCAUUCAAGAGGAUUGUCUAAAGGCUUUGUUCAUAUGGGCCAUAGUAAAACACCUGGGCCCUGCUGCAUCAAACUGGCCACUGAUGGUAACUUUGCCAUCAAUAUUAACUACCAUGGCAACAUCACUCAACACCCAAUCUAAGGCCUUUUACUAUUUUUUAGAGAAAAGAUAUUAAAGCAUUCAAAACUGAGAAAUAUCAGCCCAAAGAGAGAGAAAAAAAUUUCUGACCGACCGACCCAUGUUUUGGCACCUAAAGGGCAAUACAACAUCUUUUUUUUAAAGGCCUAAUCAAGGUUUCCAUGGAAGCUACCAUUAAUGGCAAAGUUGUCAUCGAUGGUAAGUUAUAUACAACGGGGGCCCUGCGCAAAAUAUGUGUACAUGUUGUACAUGGAAGUUUCACACUUCUGUAUCUUUUAACAGACUGAUAAGUGGGUAUGCGCAAGACUUUUGUUGUGCACAGCCACUUUUUCCAUCUCCCACAAAAAUGCAGUGUUUACCACAUCAUAUGUGAACGAGACUUUAUAAGGUUAUGAAUUGUAAGUUGUUUGGCAACAGAGGGCUACCAGCCUCAGGGAAAUCAAAAUAUGUCCAAUAAAGCAAGAUACUGGACACACUGAGGACUGUUAUGUAAAAUUGUGUGACUGAUAAUCAGAGUAAAAAUAAAAUUAUGAGAUUUUCAAUGAAGUAUUUUAGUUUUCAUAUAAUUGUCUUCUGUGUAAGAAAAACCCACCGAUUCAUUAGGAAAUUUCUUAUCCAUCCUGCUUUUUUACUAAAUUUUACUCAAUAUUAAAUCAUAAGAUUUUCUUCUACAAGGCAUACCAGUUGAAGUCAAUGUGCUUUGUUUAUUCCUUUGCCAUAUUUAUGAAAACUGUCAAUAAUAUUUUGUUUUUUAAUUAAGAAUAAGAGCUUGCUCUGAAAGUUUAUUUUUUCAUGAAAUGGAUUCAAAGGUCUGAAUCUAUCAUUAUUGUUACCCCGAAAGUUGUCAACUGUUAAAGACAUCACAGAAAAUUCAUGGAGAAGGUGUAUGACCCAAAGAUAUGCCCAUGAAGGGAGAAUAUAACCUUGGCAUAUGCUGCCAUCAACUACCUGUGUUUUAUUUUAGAACAAAAUUGUAUUUUAUUAUGUUUCCUGAGAAUUGAAGGCUUUCAGAAGUGUCUUUUAAAAGAGGUAUUAUUAUGCUUCUCAGGAUAUUAACACUCUAUUUCUGAUAUUGGUGUCUUCCAAAUUAGAAUAGCAGACAUCUGUAAAAUAUUGUGCUCACAUUAUUAUGUGGUUUUAAAGAACUAUGGUUAAUAAAGGACAUUCAUCUUUAAAAGAAAGUUUGUUAGGUCUGAAAUGUGCACACAUUUUUUAAAGAAAAACAUUAUUUAUGAUUGCUUUAUUUUUCCUGUGGAAAAUAUUGUGAAUAAAAAUUAAGUUCGUA